AUGUGCCGGAGAGGGUGCGGGUCUCAAAACGCAUCGCGGCGCAAAGCUAGCGCCUGGCCCGUAGGAGCAGACACGGGGGCCUGCAGGGGAACCCCCGGGAAGGAACUGGGCUGUCAGUUCCGCCCCCCCCACGUCGAGGCCGCGAGGGACGCCGCGGCACCGCCCAACUCCUGGCGGAAGCGCCGACACAGCCGCGGUGUGGGAGGGGCGUGGGCCCCGCCUCGGCUGGGUGGGCUCUCGGAGAGGCCACGCCCCCUCCCCGCCGCCCGUGCGCGCGCCCCUUCCUCCGCCGCCCGCUUCCUGCCGCGUCCCAGUGCCACCGGGCCCCUCGGAGCCGCCGCCCCCCACCUCUCCGAGCAGCGGCUGCAGCGUGCACGGCGCGGCGGGCGGGCCGGCCGGCGGAGCGGGGAGAUGAACACGGUCCUGUCUCGGGCUAAUUCGCUCUUCGCCUUCUGUUUGAGCGUGAUGGCGGCGCUCACCUUCGGCUGCUUCAUCACCACCGCCUUCAAGGAACGCAGCGUGCCCGUCGGCAUCACCGUCUCCCGGGUAUCGAUAAAAAAUGUAGAAGAUUUCACUGGACCUAGAGAGAGAAGUGAUCUGGGAUUCAUCACAUUUGACAUUACUGCAGAUCUGCAGAGUAUAUUUGACUGGAAUGUUAAACAAUUGUUUCUAUAUUUGACUGCAGAAUACUCAACGAGAAAGAAUGCUCUAAACCAGGUGGUCCUUUGGGACAAGAUCAUGUUGAGAGGAGAUAACCCAAGACUGUUGUUAAAAGACAUGAAGACAAAGUACUUUUUCUUUGAUGAUGGAAAUGGUCUGAAGGGAAACAGGAACAUUACUUUGACUCUCUCCUGGAAUGUUGUACCAAAUGCUGGCAUUCUACCUCUUGUAACAGGAUCAGGACAUGUGUCUGUACCUUUCCCAGAUACCUAUGAAACACCAAAAAGUUAUUAACUUAUAAUACUGAAUCCGAAGCAAGAUAUUUUUAUACCUGUAUAUUGUGAAUAAAUUUUAUUGUGGGUUCUUCUCACAUCCCAUGCAACCCUUCAGUGAAAGGUACUUGAUUUCCUCAGGUCUAACAGCAUAGGAAAAGGAAAUGAAAGUUUAGGGUGAUGGUUUUGUUUUUUGUUUGUUUUUUUAAUCAUUGAGGCUGAAACUUAAGGGAAAGGUAAAUUGCAGGGGGGAAAACUGAGGAGUUUGGUUUUGUUUUUUUCUCCUGACGAUCUGGGUAUAGAUCUCCUUUUCUUUUAAAUAAACAUUUUUAAAUGAGAAAA